GCCGAGCGGGACCCGGAGAUCGGGAGCGGCCGGGAGCCCCAGCACCUGGAGCGGCGGCGGCGGAGGCGGAGGCGACUUGGGCUCGCCCGUCCUGCGAUCGGGGCCAGCGCGCACAGUGGCCCGCAGGCCCCCGCCCGGGCCCACUCCCUCCCCGGGCCCUCCAUGGCCCGGGCCGCAGCCCUCCGGCCGUCCAGAUCGCCGCCCGUGCCGACGCUGCCGCUGCUGCCGCUGUUCCUGAUGCUGCUGCGGGAGGCCGGAGCCCAGGAUGUGGAGGUGCGGGUGCCGUCCGAGGUGCAGGGCCGUCUGGGGAGCACCGUGGAGCUGCCUUGCCACCUGCUGCCCCCCACAUCGGACGUCCGUGUGCGUGUGUCACAAGUGAUGUGGAUGCGCCAGGUUUCCAGCAAAACCAGCCAGAACCUGGCCAUCUUCCACCCCACCUACGGGCCCAGCUUCCCCAGCUCCAAACCGGGCCAAGAGCGCCUGUGGUUUGUCAUGGCCGGCCAGAAAGCGGGCAGCGGGCCGGGCCCCGCAGCGCCGGAGCAAUGGGAGCCAGAGCUGCGGGAUGCCACCCUGGCACUGAGCGGGCUGACGGUGGAGGAUGAGGGCAACUAUACCUGCGAGUUUGCCACCUUCCCCUGGGGCACCAGCCGAGGCGUCACCUGGCUCAAGGCCAUAGCCGAGCCCAAAAACCAUGCGGAGAAGCAAGAGGUCACCUUGAGCCUGGACCCCUUGCCCGUGGCCCGCUGUGUGUCCACGGGGGGCCGCCCCCCCGCCCGGAUCACCUGGUUGUCAACACUGGACGGAGAUUCCAUCGAGAGCCAGACAGCAGGGCCAGAGCCCGGCACCUUCACCGUCACCAGCCGCCUCACCGUGGUGCCCCUGGGCCGCGUCGAUGGUGCCAAGGUCACCUGCAAAGUGGAGCAUGAGAGCUUCGAGGAGCCCAUCCUGCUGCCUGUGACCCUCUCUGUGCGCUAUCCCCCCGAGGUCUCUAUCUCCGGGUACGAUGAUAAUUGGUAUAUCGGCCGCACUGAGGCCAGCCUGCACUGUGACGUCCGCAGCAACCCCGAGCCCACGGGUUAUGACUGGAGCACGGUUUCCGGUGUCUUCCCAGCCUCAGCACUGGCCCGGGGUUCACAGCUGAUCAUCCACUCGGUGGACAGGCUGGUAAACACGACCUUCAUCUGUACUGUCACCAACGCCGUGGGCACUGGCCGCGCCGAGCUGCCCGUCCUGGUGCGAGACACCCCCCGGGCCUCGCCCCAGGAAGUGGGUCCAGUGGUCUGGGGGGCCGUGGGGGGGACACUGCUGGUGCUGCUGCUUCUGGCCGGGGGGGUCAUGGCCUUCAUCCUGCUGAGGGUGAAGAGGAGGAGGAAGAGCCCCGGAGGAAGUGCAGGAGGAGGAGGAGGAAACAGCGGUGGUCCAGGAGGCGCAGGAGACGGUGCGGACCGAGGGUCCUACGAGGCGAAAACUCAGGUGUUUGGGAAUGGGGGUCCGGCCUUCUGGACACCCACAGGUCCUGGGGCCCGGAGGCCCGACGGCAAAGAUGAUGACGAGGAGGAGGAGGAGGACGAGAAGGCCGAGGUGGGCCUUAUGCUGCCGCCUGUCCCCCUGGACGACGACAUGGAGUCGCAGUUGGACGGCUCCCUCAUUUCCCGGCGGGCUGUUUACGUGUGACCUGGUGCCCCCCAAGACUGACAGGCAGAGAGAAAGAGAGAGAGAGAGAGAAAGAGAGAGACAGACCCAGAGCCGCCCCGGCCUGGCAGGUUGGACUUGAACUUGUGGCCUGGCCUGGAGGACAUCCACUACCUCCCACUCUCCCAGCGUCCAGGGAGGUGGACCCCCACGCUGGACUCGGGCUCCAGGGCUGCACGGGGGAGGGGAGGCCCCCAGCGGGGAGCUGGGCCCCCACACUGGAAUCCCCCCAGAGACUUGUUUGGCCUCCCCACCGCGUGAUACUCAGGAGUUAAUAAACGCCUUGGAGGAAAAAUGAAA